AUGAAACGAGGAAGGACAGGUCUCAAAUCAAAGUGCUUCUCCUCUAAUGAGGGAUGCGCUCAGAGACGGAAGCGAGGCGUGUCCAGCUUUGCUCUGAAUUGAGCAGAGGACUGGGGCAACCUGCCCCACCACGUCAUCCUGCAGAUCUUCCAGAGUCUGUCCCUCGUUGAACAGGCCAGGGCGUCGUAGGUUUGUUGCUGUUGGAAUGAUGUCUUUCAUACCUCUGAUCUGUGGAGGAGGUUUGAGUUUGACCUCAAUCAGCCGGCCACGUCUUACCUGCGCUCCACCCACCCUGACCUGAUUCAGCAGAUCUUUAAGAAGCAUGCCCAGCACCUGCAGAACGUCAGCUUCAAGGUAGAAAGCUGCACAGAAUUUGCAGAGGCGGCCUGUGACAUUCUCUCCCAGCUGGUAGACUGUGCCAUUAAGACCUUGGGGUUGAUUCCCACAGCACAGCCCAGCGUCAUGGAUGUUUCUCAGGCCCUCUUUGUGUCUGCACUGACAUUGCUGUUUGUCAAUUCCAAGUCCCUGUCUUCUAUCAAGAUUGAUGAUACGCCAGCGGACGACCCGUCCCUGAAGGUGCUGGUUGCCAACAACAGCAACACUCUAAAGUUGCUGAAGAUGAGCAGUUGUCCUCAUGUUUCCCCGACAGGCCACUAAACAUUUUUAAGAAAUGAUAUAUAGAUAUAUGUUUUGUUUUUAUUAAUUAACAGACCAUUGAGUGAACCAGAAAUGAGUAUACAGAGAAACGGCGAGUUAUAUGGAACAAAGGUAUUGUCCGUUCUUGUAGUACAACUAGUCAGUGUAUUCCAUUUCAAGGCCUUGGUCCGACACUCACCCCAGGUCAACAUCCUCAUUAGGUUUGAGCCUUUUUUCCUCGAGGACUCUCCGGUCACCCACCUGUACUUUGGCCGGGCAGUUAGCAAAGAGAUGCCGGGCCGCGUCGGACUGAAUUGCCCUCGGCUGGUGGAGCUGGUGGUGUGCGCCACUGGCCUCAGCCCCCUCGAAGAGGAGCUGAUCCGCAUCGCAGAGCGCUGCAAAAGCCUGGGUGCCAUCGGGCUAGCCGAGUGUGAAGUGACCUGCAGUGGCUUUGUGGAGUUUGUAAAGCUGUGCGGGGAGGAGGUGUUGGUCCCGGACAGCAGCUACACCAUGGAGCAGAUCCACAGUGAGGUGUCCAAGCACCUGGGCCGCACGUGGGCCCCUGAUAUGAUGCCCACCUGGUAGGAUGACAUGUGGGCAGAGCGAAGGGACAGAAACAGAAACUCCUCGUUGUUCAUGGGUCAUUUCUAAAGAUCUCACAAAUGUUUCCUGAAGUAAUCGGCCUGUCGAGAUUUGUCUUCAUUCACAGACCUUGUGAUGGGACAUUGUGCAUUCAGUGGGUAUUAUAGUUUAUGAAGGAUGGUCUGAAUUUUCGUCUAAAGGAAGUGGAUCUGCUAUUGGCUAUUGUUAAAGAAACUAAUAGCAUCAAACAGCAUUUUCUACAUAAUAAUCAGCGUUUCUUGUUCAGUGAAUUCCAGGUUGUUUUGUGUGCUGAAAUGUGUUGAAAUUCUUUACCUUUACCUGCAUCCUUUAAAGUCUCAAAUCGACUCAUUCUAAAUUCACUAAUUUCCUAGGAUACAGUUUGGUGCGUCCAGCUGUCCAUAGAAAGAGGACCAACUAUAGUGAUACAUAUGCAGCACAGAGAGAAAAGGAGAAUCCUCCUUCAGGCAGAAUAGGUCUUUUCUAUUAUUGUCUAUUUACUACAGACAAGUAUAAAUUGGUAAAUUUCUUCCCAAAAACUCCAUAACUCCACUAAAUAUAUUGACAUAUAGAUAGAAUGUAGAAAUGUGCCCAAAACUUCACAAGGACCCUAUUAUACAUUGUUCUUCACCUAUAGUUUGUAAAAGUUAAAGCUGUGUAAGUGUAAGUUUUCAUUAAUAAAUAUUAACUAUAUAUUCAUAUCCAUAUAUAUUCACAGAAGAGUAUAGCCAUUUUCUGAUUCCAGUUGCACUUUUUUAAUAUAAAGUUCUCUAUUCACGUAGAAGCACGGGCUAAACAAAGGACGGUCACACCGGAUGUGAGUUCAAAAUAUGUGUUAGAUUUGGGUAAUUUCUCUAUUUUCAAUUUCCUUUUUCGAAGUUUGAAAUUCAUUUUGUGUAAAACACUUCUGUUAUAUUAAACACACUAGUCCCACAAUGUCCAGUGCACACUAACACAAUACAUUAAAAGAGCUGUAAAAAACA